GCAUCAAUGACAUGUUUUCACGCAAUCAAGUAUACAUCAGUCCACGCAAGCACACAUACACUGCAUCACGUCAAUCGGUCCGCCACGCAUCGCAAAUGCACACGGUAGCUACACCGAGACACACAGGCCUGAUCGAUGUGCCUCCGGUCUCUCUUCCCUCCCUCUCUGCGUCAGUGGUUGGUCGUCUCAGCUGUCUUACUCCUGCACCCGCUUCAGCCUCAGCCGCUUCUGCUGGUUCGGCCGCUCAGCAGCAGCAGCAGCGGCAGCUGCAGCUGCAGGCGACAGGCGCGGGGCGGCGGGGCCAUUCGUCUCAGGAUCGCCGUACGGAAACGCUGUUCGAAUGUCAUAUGUGGCAAUGAAGACCACAAGUCCAUGUUGUGGAGUGGGUGAUGGGAUAUGCUCUCUCACCGUCUGCCCAUGUGGCGUCAUCGAUAUCGUCAGUCGGGCUCGGCUUUGGUUCACGCAUCGCCUUCUUGCCCCCACUGUUGCCCAUCGUCGGACCACCAUGAUGCUGCGGGUGGCGGCCGGCACCAAACCUGCUAGACACACAUAUAUCAUCAACACACCAUGUUGCGGCUGUAUUUGAUAUGACGUGACCUUCCGUUGGCUGCCGCGCCGGGCAUGGGCAGGGGACGGUAUCGCUGCUGCUGCUGCUGCUGCUGGUGUUUCGGGAGAUUGGGAUAGCAGGCCGCCUGCUGCUGCUGCUGCUGCUUGGCCGACCCUCCAGCAGGGUUGUUGUGCUGCUUGCGGAUGGCCUUCUGCGUCACACGACGGCACAAAUCGUUAAUCAGCCCACCCCUAGAGCUCAAAGAGACAUAGGCGGACUCAUGCAAUGCGAUACAGAGAGGGGUGUGUGUGUGUGUGUAUGGGUGGCUGUGUCUUCUCACUCACUCGAUGGCGAAUGGGUUGAGUUCUGCCAUGAAUGGGAUGCGAUCGAGCGUGGCGUCCACCUGCAAACGGGACUGGCCGUCCAGCAGCACACCGACGUCAUCGUCCUGCACGACACACACAGUACCACACCACACACGCCGAGCUGUGCUGAGACACAGUGUGUGUUGUUCUGUGUGUGUGUGCGUCGUGCCUUGGUUGCGUGGUGCAUGAUAGGGCAGUAGAGUUCGUUGGGGAUGAUGCCCUGAGCAAAGCACAGCACACAACAUUGGGUCGAAUUAAUGAAGGUCGAUCUCGUGCAGUGCACACAGAUAAUGGAUGGGCGCGGCGCGUGCCGUGUCGUCAAGUCACUCACUUGUACGAGCAUGGUGUGUGCCUUGCCGGCCGGCAUGGCGACGAACCAGCUCUCAACCAGAGACGACACACCAGCCAACUCUGCACACGUUCAACCAUCAAUAUAUCACAUCCAGAUGCCCCGCUGGUGAGUGAGGUCUCUGUGCUCUCUUGACCGAUGACCGACCGAGGAAGGGGUCGAGGCGUGACGAGAGCAGCAACACCUCAUCCUCACCGCCACCACCACACACACACACAGAAUGGAUGAGUCCGCUAGUCAGUAUAUAUCAGGUCCCACCACACCACACCACACCUUGUCUGCCAGUGAGCGUAUGAGCUGCUGCGGGAACUCAUCCACAUCUGACUGAAGCGUGAACGGGAUCCCUGUCAGCACACAACAACAUACAUACACACUCAUAGGCCAUGGCAGGCCGUCGGUGGCCAGCCAGAUGUAUAUAUACCAUAUAGGACGGCCUGGUCGAGUGAUGAGCGGGGCAGCCGGUGCUUCGCCACAAACGACACACGACCCUUGGACAAGUUCUUCACCGACGACCUGACACACCACACCACACCACACACGACACACACCAUGAAGACAUUUGGAUGAAUCAAUCGAUGGAGGAGCGGAUGGAUGGAUGGAUGGAUGGACUAACGCUUUAAGGAGCAGCAUGGUGGCAACAGUGGCCUCCAACGUGAUGCGCAGCUGCUGCAGGGCCAGCUCGGCCUCGAACGUGAUGGACAGCAGGCGGCGGAAGAAACACACAACCUGAUGCACCUCUGACAUGCAUGACAGACACCAUACAGAACAGAAUAGAUGGGCGUGUGGGGGAAAGGAUGAGUGUGUGUCAUCAUGAUGUUCUGUCCAUUAUCCCUCACCGCACCGAGUGGUAUGGUGACGAGCGAGAGGCACUCGUAUGACGACAACUCAUGGGCAAGCCUGCACACCACCACACACCGACACACAUGCAAUGCCAUGCCAUGCCAUGCAGCCGCUUGUCUUGUUGUUUCCCUCCACCCUUCCGUACUCCUGCAGCAUUGUCUGUCGAUGUGCCUUGGACGAGAAGGCAUCGCUCGGGCAAUCUGCAACGAAUGCCCGGCAGAGACAGGCGUGGCGCUUUCUGGGGGUGUGUGCGCGUGUGUGUACACACCAUCCAUACCGUUGAGUGCGAUGAGGUUGAGGAGGUGCAGGACGACGGCGUGGUCCAUGGCUUGCAGGUUGGAGCACACGUCGCCCAGGCUCUGCUUGCACGGCACCAGCAACUCCAGACAUCCAGACAUGUACACUAUGUGACUGCAUUGCAUCCCAUGCACCACAAUAACAUUUGCACAGACAGGCAACAAGCAAGCAACGACACACGGAAGAAAGAGCUCCCCUGGCUGGCCUCCCAUCCCGCCUAUCUAUCUAUCGUCUUGCCUGGUAUCCUUCUUGGUGUUGUCAGUGGUGGUCUUGGCAGCCGGGGCGGCCUGGGCCUGCUGCUUGGGCGCUGAAGACAUGAUGUGCGCCGUCAAGGCGUUCAGACACGCCUCACCCUGUAGGCACCCAUCCAUCCAUCCACACAACACAGCACAGCCAAUCAAUGGAUUGGAUGUCUGCCUCGGUGGUGUGUGUUGUGUGGUCUCACCCACCGGGUCUUCGGUGUCUGAGAUGAUGAGGCCCUUGUCGUCCAGUCCAUCCAUCAGGGACCACACCCCAUCAGCGGUGUGGAGCAGCUCAGCGGGGUCAGCCUUGGUGGCACCCCGCAACACACGGAAACCCCCCUCAACCACCACUGCACAAAACAUCAUCCAUCCAUCCAUCCAUCCAUCCAUCGAUCCAUUGCAAACGGCCGGCGUUUCUCUCACCCACCCCACCUGCACAGGCGAUGGACAGCUGCUCCCGCUGCGAGAGCAUGUGUGCGAUGUCACGGCACACACGGGCGAGGAUCUCCACGAGCACAUUCUUGACAUCCUCCGGGUAUGUCGAGCCGCCGCCCGACUCGCCGGCUCUCAGGUCCACCACCGUGUAGAUCAGCAUCGCAGAUCCUUCAAUGCGGAUGGCUGAUCAGGCAGCCGCUGUGUUAAACGGAAAGAAGAGCGAUCGGCCAGCUCUAAGGUGCGCGGCGAGGCUGAUUCGGGCAAUCAUUAUCCGUCCCGAUUGAGCGAAAAGGCCGGUGAGGACCUUUCCUGUAGUUAGCUGAAUAGAGG